AUGCGGUGGAACGAGGCGUUCCUGGUGCUGGGCACGCAGUUCGCCGGAGGGGUCUUCCUCGGGACCGCCAUGAUGCACUUCCUCAGCGACGCCAACGAGACCUUUGGCGACCUCGUCCCGGACAAGGCCUACCCGUUCGCCUUCAUGCUCGCCUGCGCCGGAUACGUCCUCACCAUGCUCGCCGAGUGCGCCAUCUCCUUCGUCGUCGCGCGCGGCCGGACAAAGCCCGCCGCCACCGUUGCAGGAGCGCUGGAGGAGGGCAAGCUGAGCAGCCCCAGUGGCAACGGCUCCGAAACACAAGCUGCUGACGCACACGGCGAUCACUCCGCGGCAUCCAUGCUGCGCAAUGCCAGCACCCUCGGCGACAGCAUACUCCUCAUCGCGGCUCUCUGUUUCCACUCCGUCUUCGAAGGCAUCGCCAUCGGAGUCGCCGCUGAACAAAUUAACUUGCAGCUUGAUACGGCUUGCGUUUGUCAAAACCUACCUGCAGAGACGAAAGCCGACGCAUGGAAGGCGCUCUGGACGGUCAGCCUGCAUAAGAUCUUCGCGGCGAUCGCCAUGGGCAUCGCCCUGCUCCGGAUGCUUCCCAACCGCCCCCUCUUCUCCUGCAUCGCCUACGCAUUCGCCUUCGCCAUCUCCAGCCCCAUCGGCGUCGGCAUCGGCAUCGUCAUCGACGCGACCACGCAGGGCAAGGUGGCGGACUGGGUCUUCGCCAUCUCCAUGGGCCUUGCCACGGGCAUCUUCAUCUACGUCUCCGUCAACCACCUCCUCUCCAAGGGGUACAAGCCUCAGAGGCCCGUCGCCGCCGACACGCCUCUUGGACGGUGGCUCGCCGUCGUGUUCGGCGUCGGUGUCAUCGCUGUCGUCAUGAUAUGGGACACCUGAUUCUCAGGAUUACGCCGGGAUUUAUAUGUUAGCUUUGGACGUU